AUGAAUAAUAGAGAAGAUAUAAUACCAAUGAAUGAACAAGAUAAUAAUAAAAUUAUAAUUCAUUUUAUGUGGGUAACAUCAGAACAGUUAGUAUCAAGUGGUGAAAUUUUAAAUGCAAUUAAAUGUUUAGAAUCAUUAAUUAGAUUUAGAGAAGAUAGUGAAAAUGAUAGUUUUGGAAUUAGUAAUAAUAAUGGUAAUGGUAAUGGAGGUGAUAUUGAUUACCAAAUAUUACAUAAUAGUGUAAAGAAUCAAGAAGAAAUAAAUCAAAAAGUUAAAAAUAGAUUUAAUAGAAAAUAUAGUAAAGAAAUUAUAAAGUUUAGAUUAACCUCAUUAGAAGAAGCCAUAACAAGAAUUAAAAUAGCAGAAUUAUUAUUUCAAUAUACUCAUAAUUUUAAUGAUGCCAGAUACAAUCUUGAAAAAUCUGCAUUAUUAUUAUCUGCCGAUCAACAAUCAACCAAUUCUUUAGAAUUGUUAUGUAAAAUAUCUUUCUUUUUAAUUGAAAUCUUUUAUAAUGGUGGUGCUACAAAUUUAGUAAAACAAGAAAUUAAAAAAUCAAAAAGAUAUGCAAAAUUAUUAAAUAGUAAUGAAUGGAUGUUAUAUUUUUUAAUUAAAGAAUCAUAUAUAGUUUUAAAAUCAAAUACUACUACCACUACUAUUAAUAAUAAUAAUAAUAGUAAUACAAAUAAUAAUAAUAAUACAAAUAAUAAUAAUAAUCAAUUAAAAUUAUCACAUCAAUCUUUAGAUCAAUCAAUACAAAUUGUAAAUGAAAAAUUAAAUUCUAAUCCAUUUUUAUUAGUAUUAUUAACAACUAUAAAAUGUCAUUAUAGUAUAAUGCAUUUUGAUUAUAGUACAUUGAAUGAAAUGUUAGAGUAUUGUUUUAAAUUAUUGAAUGAAAUGAAUUUACAAGUUUCAGAAUUCAAUAGUGAUGCUAAUAAGAUACCAGAGUUUUUUCAUUAUUUAAUGGAUGGUUUUAAAUCUACAAAUUCCAUAAUUCAACAAUCACGUUCAACUCCUAUUAAAAUCAGAGAUUCGAUUCUAUCAUUUAAACAAUUAAAAGUUUAUAAUAAUUUAGUUUACAUUAUCUAUCAAAUUAGAAUUGGUUCAUUUAAAUCAAUUGAUCAACAAAUUCAAAAUCUUCAAAUUGAUUUACAAGAAUUAUUUAAUUAUUUACAAUUAUUUAAUGAUGGUUAUAUAAAUACAAAUAUAAAUAUAAAUACAAUUAAUUCACCUUUACCAAAGACAACUGUACAAUCUAAACAACAACAACAACAACAACAACAACAACAACAACAACAACAACAACAACAACAACAACAACAACAACAACAACAACAACAACAAUUACCACAACAAUUACCACAACCAAAAGAUAUUUUAGCAAUACCAAUAUUUCAUCUUACAUGUGGACCACAAUAUUUAUCAUGUGUAUGUUAUGUAAUUUGUGCAAUUCAUAGUAGAGCAUUGGGUGAACAAGAAAGGGCGAUUUAUUGUUUAGAGAAAUCACAACAAUUAAUUGAUAGUCAAUUAAAUUUCAUAUACAAUUCAUCUGAAGCAAAUACAACACCACAACAAAUGAAAGAAUCUAGAGCAUUGGUACGUUUGAAAUUCUUGGUUUAUGAAAAUAUUUUUUAUAUUAAAAUUACCUCUAUGGAAUUGGAUCAAUCUUUUCAACAAAUUAAAAAUUGUGUUGAUAUCUUUCAAACUUAUCCUACACUAUUCACUGAUGGUGCUGAAUCAACAAUUCAUUAUAUGUCUAGUAUUUUCUUACAAUCAAUUGGUGAUUUUCAAAAUUCAAAAAAUCAUUUAAAUUUUGCAAUUAAUAAAUGUACUAGAUUUGAUACACAAAUUCAAUGUAUAACAAGAUUAAUAUUUUUAAAUAUUUAUAGUGGACAAAUUGAUAGAGCAACAGUAUUGGUAAAUGAUUAUCUUUCACCACUUUCAAAUCAUCCACAAUUAAUAUUGAGAUGUACAACAUUACUAUUGGAAGGUGUAUUACUUUUAUAUAAUUCACCAGAAUUGGCAAAAAAUAAAUUAAGAGAAUGUUUAAACCUUUCAAAUAAUCAAAUUGGUCAUGCUCAAUUGACUUGUAACAUUUUAAAUCAAUUGGCAAAACUUUACAUUUCUUUAUAUCCAAAUUUAAAUUCAAUGCCUGAACAAACUGAACAAAAUAUAAGAUCAAUGUUAGAUUCAUCUUUAUCUUUAUCAAAUAUUUUAAAUGAUUUAAAUGGUAAAACUUCAACUUUAAAUAUUUUAUCAAAUUUACCAAAUUCUAAUAGCGAUAGUAUUAGGAACGAAAUUAAAGAUCUUUUAAAUAAAAAAGAAGAAAGUAUUUCAAAAUUUUAUUCAAAUGAUGACAAAAAACAAUACCUUUUAAAUUUAUUAAAAUUAAAUAAAUGA